UCCAGUAGUCAGUCGCCAUCGCAUUGUCCCGACAAACGGCUGUGUGUCCUGAAGGGCUGCCGGAUACCUACCUUGGUAAAUCCCAGAAAAAUCAAUACUAAUGAGCCAUUAAACGUGGCCUCAGCUGCAGUUGGCCGUAGUCUAAUGAGCUGAACGGCGGCGGAAAUUGAAUGUUGGCUCUAACCAAGCGGCUGCAGCAGGAAAUCACAUCAGCAUCGUUUUCAGCCAUCUUCCCGCCGAACGGAAACGGUAGAAGUAAAGGUAACGGUAAAGGUAGUACUGAAACGGAAGUCUUAGGCGUAAUGCCUUGCGCCUGAAUGGUUGCGUAGCAUGGGCUGCUCCGGUUCCAAAACCUCCGCCACAGAAGAAGACACCAAAUCACAAAAGCCCGCUUCAGCCAAGUCCAAUAAAACUAAAAUGGCCGGCCACAAGGAGUACCCUGCCUCGGAGGCAUUUACCAUUCCCUUGGAGAGCGAUGAUAAUCCGGAACUGCCGCUGAAUGAAACCUUGCGACAACCACCGAAGAGGAUUCAGCAAAUGAUGCAGGAGGCAGCCAGUUCGGAGCCACCCACUUUGGAGGAACUGGAGGACAAGCAACUGAAGGCCGAGCAAAGACGGCAGGAGCUAAUGCAGCAGAAACUGGAGAUCAUCCAGAAGAAUACCCAAAUGCUGAUGAGGAGUCAUGAGGAUAUCCCAGCCGAGUGCGAGGAGGAAACCCCCGAAAAGGACUAAAUAAAUACUUCUUUUUCAUUCACAUUUUUUAUUGUUAGCUUUAAAUUAUAUAUGUAUUACUAUAUAUCGUAGUAUAUUUCCAAACAAUUAGAUUGUAUGCAAUUAAAUCUGCUCUCUUCACCAAAA